CCCUUUUCCCCUUGCCAUUUAUGAGUUUUAGAGCUCAUUAUUAUUAUUGCUAUAAUUAUUAUUAUUCUUGUAUUUUCUUUUUGCAGUUUUUUUAUUUAUGUUUUUUUUUUUUUUUAAAGUUUUGGUGUGUAAUUAGUAUUUCUUCUUGACAGAAGAUUGAUGCUUUUGGAAAGCUUAUUAAUUGGGUUCUUGGUUUGUUCAAGGAGAUUGGAGAUUUUCUUUCCUUUUUUAAAGUGCAUUUUGGAUUACCUUUUAUUUUCUUAUCUUUUUUUACAAGAUUUAGAUGCUUCAGAUCCCUUGAUAAAUUUCCAGAUAUUGAGAAUUGUAUUUCUGUUUGAUUUAUUUCAGUUUAUGGUGGCAUAUAUGUCUCUGUGGCUGCUCUGAAUCUGCUUGUGGACUCAGAUAAUUAGGGUUUUCUUUUUAUCGAAUCAGAGAUAUGUCAGGACUAGAAGGAAUUGGGGCUAGUGAUGAAAUCCGAGAGAGAAGAUCUGAUUUUGAAAAUUCUGAAGAUGAGAGACGGCGAUCGAAAAUUGGCAAUCUCAAGAAGAAGGCAUUAAAUGCUUCUAAUAAGUUCACUCAUUCUCUUAAGAAAAGAGGGAAAAGGAAGAUUGAUUAUAGAGUUUCUUCUGUUUCCAUUGAGGAUAUCAGGGAUGAAAAAGAGGAGAGUGUUGUACUAGAAUUGCGCCAUACUCUUCUUGAAAGGAAUUUGUUGCCUCCUAGGCAUGAUGACUAUCAUACUUUGCUAAGAUUUUUGAAAGCUAGAGAAUUUAACAUUGAGAAAACAGUUCACAUGUGGGAAGAAAUGCUUAAUUGGAGGAAAGAGUACGGAACAGACACCAUACUGGAGGAUUUUGGAUUUGAAGAGCUUGAUGAGGUCUUGCAAUAUUACCCUCAGGGGUACCAUGGAGUUGAUAAGGAAGGCCGACCAGUUUACAUUGAAAGGCUUGGAAAAGCUCAUCCCAGUAGACUGAUGCGAAUCACAACCAUUGAUCGAUAUUUGAAGUACCAUGUCCAAGAGUUUGAGAGGGCUCUGGUGGAGAAAUUCCCUGCAUGUUCAAUUGCUGCAAAGAGAAAGAUAUGUUCAACGACAACGAUAUUGGAUGUGCAUGGCUUGGGCAUUAAGAAUUUCACACGUACUGCUGCAAAUCUCUUGGCUGCCAUGACAAAGAUAGAUAACAGUUACUACCCUGAGACAUUGCAUCGGAUGUACAUUGUUAAUGCUGGCCCUGGCUUUAAGAAGAUGCUUUGGCCUGCAGCGCAGAAAUUUCUAGAUGCAAAGACUAUUUCAAAGAUACAGGUUUUGGAGCCCAAGUCUUUGCCCAAGCUACUAGAAGUAAUCGACUCAAGUCAAUUGCCAGAUUUUUUGGGUGGCUCUUGCACUUGUUCUGAUGACGGAGGGUGUCUUAGAUCAAAUAAAGGUCCAUGGAAUGAUCCUGAAAUAAUAAAGCUCGUGCAAAAUGGGGAAGCAACUUUUGUUAGGCAAAUCACUAGAGUAUCUAAGAACGAGCGGAAAUUUGACUCAUCCCUUCAGAUAUACCCACUGAAGGGAAGAAGUAGCGAGACAUCAGCAGCAGAAUCAGGGUCCGAUAUUGAUGAUCCUUCUUCUCCGAUUGAACGAAGUUCUAUGUUUCCACGUUUGGCUCCAGUUCAUGAGGAAGUCAGAGCAUCAGAUCCGAGUGCCUAUUACAGUUGCGAUGAUACUUUUCCUGUUGUUGAGAAGGCCAGACUAAGCAACUUGGGAGUAGGACAUUCAGGAAAUUUAUCACUUAAAACCAAUUAUUUGGGUAACUUUCCUAGUGAAGUGGCAUUAAAACUGGAAGGUUACAUCGUGCACUGGUUGGACAUAGUCAAGGAAAAAGUUAGGAGAAGGCAUAAUAUGUGCGGUGCUAAAAUGUUGAUGUUGUUUGUGGACAAAUUGGUUGCAUUUUUCCAGAGUCUACCAUUUGAAUUUUGGAGAAGGCAGAACAAUGUUUUUCCAUCCAAUCUCGUGGAACCUGAUGCUGGUAGUCAUUCAAUAGCUGUUGAAACUGAGAGUGAAGACCACAUUCGCCCAUGUAUAGAGCGUCUAGAGAGACUGGAGAAAGUAGUUGAGGAAAUUGGCAACAGGCCUGCUGCGAUCCCAUUGGAAAAAGAGCAAAUGCUGAUGGAAUCUCUAGAGAGGAUAAAGUCUGUGGAGUUUGAUCUUGAGAAAACAAAGAAGGUAUUGCAUGCGACCAUUAUAAAGCAACUUGAGAUAGCUGAUUUGCUAGACAAUUUACGGGAGUCUAGAUGCAGGCAAAGAAGAUUGUUCUGUUGAAUACUUGAAGUUUGAUGCCGGUACAUGCUAUAAAGUGGUGAAACUGGGGAUAAGCGGAGAUUGAAUUGCACAGAUAGGAAACAUGCGGGCAGCCGUGGCCGUCGGAAGACGCAUGGGGAGGACCCCUCCUUUUUUUUUUUUUUUUUUUAUAUUAACAUGAGGUGAAGAACCCCCCCGCCCCCGAUUUUGUUAAUCCUUCUUCCCUUGAAUCUUUUAAUCUCCCCUUUAUAGUUAGUCCUUACAAAAGUUACAGUUUAGCUGAGCAGUUGGUCCUGAUCUUAGCUUUGAAACAAUGUAGAGAAAGAAAGAAACAGAAAAGAGUAAAUGAAAUGCGUUAUAGCCAAAGUA